GCGGCCACACACGCGCGCGCGCGUGGGCCGGGCUCAUCGCUUCUACCGCGGCCUCGGGGUCCCGGCGCUGGUCGCGGCCACUGCUGGGGGUCGCGGGGUUCAGACGGAGCUGAGACAUCUGAAGAGAUACCCUGACCGUGGCAUGUGAUUUUUCCAGACAACGUUGGCACCUUGCUGUGUUGAAAAUGUUUGGGAGAUUGACGUUUCCACAACUGCUUUUUGCCAGCAUCCUUGGAAUUGCUGGAGGAAUAUAUAUUUAUCAACCAAUAUUUGAACAGUAUUUCAGAGAUCAAAAGGAAUUAAGAGAAAACGUGAAAUCAGCGCCAGAUUCAAAAGAGAAGAAAAGUUAAUGCUACAUGAAGUUGAAUUGUAAUUUCUUAAUGUUCCUUUGAAAAUAUACUUUGGUAAUAACCUAAAAUUUUCUCUAGUACAUUUUUAAACCUAAAUUAUAAUGAUUUUUAGUAAUUUUUGAAACCAGCACUGUUAAUUUCUAAUGUUUAUUGUAAUUUUACUUGUAGUGUCUUUUCUCCAGAAAAUGAUCUGUGAUUUCCCUUUAACUAAAAACUUGAAUGUCUUGGGCCCGAGCGAUUGUACAGCCUUGCAUGUGGCCGACCUGGGUUCAAUCCCUGGCAUCCCAUAUGGUCCUCUGUGCACUGCCAGGUGUAAUUCCUGUGUGCAGAGCCACAAGUAACCCCUGAGCAUCGCUGGGUGUGACCCAAAAAGCAAAAAUAAAAAUAA